AUGCCCGCAGAAAUGACGAUGUUGGCAGAUCACCCAGCCAGGCAGCUGCUGGACUUCAAUCAGAAACUGGACAUCAACCUGUUGGACAAUGUUGUCAACUCCAUGUACCACGACAUUGGAUCCCAGCAACGGGUUGCCCAGGAGGUGCUCACCAGCCUGAAGGACCACCCAGAUGCUUGGACGAGGGUGGAUACCAUCCUGGAGUUCUCCCAGAACAUGAAAACUAAAUAUUACGCUCUGCAGAUCCUGGAGUCGGUCAUCAAAACCCGAUGGAAGAUUCUCCCGAGAAAUCAGUGUGAAGGAAUAAAGAAAUACGUGGUGGGGCUGAUUAUUAAAACUUCUUCUGAUCCUACAAACAUGGAGAAGGAGGGGGUUUAUAUCUCCAAACUCAACAUGAUCCUCGUCCAGAUUCUGAAGCAGGAGUGGCCCAAACACUGGCCCACCUUCAUCAGCGACAUCGUGGGGGCGAGUCGCACCAGCGAGAGCCUCUGCCAGAACAACAUGAUCAUCCUGAAGCUGCUCAGCGAGGAGGUGUUUGACUUCUCCAGCGGCCAGAUGACCCAAGUGAAGGCCAAGCACCUCAAGGACAGCAUGUGCAACGAGUUCUCCCAAAUAUUCCAGCUGUGCCAGUUCGUCAUGGAGAACUCCCAGAAUGCCCCUCUGGUCCACGCCACGCUGGAGACCCUGCUCCGCUUCCUCAACUGGAUUCCUCUCGGCUACAUCUUUGAGACCAAGCUGAUCAGCACACUCGUCUAUAAGUUCCUGAACGUGCCGAUGUUCCGUAACGUCACGCUGAAGUGUCUGACGGAGAUCGCCGGCGUGAGCGUCAGCCAGUACGAGGAGCAGUUCGUCAGCCUGUUCACCCUCACCAUGUGCCAGCUGAAGCAGAUGCUGCCUCUGAACACGAACAUCCGCGUGGCCUACUCCAACGGGAAGGACGACGAGCAGAACUUCAUCCAGAACCUCAGCCUGUUCCUCUGCACGUUCCUCAAAGAGCACGGGCAGCUCGUCGAGAAGAGGCCGAACCUGCGCGAGACGCUGAUGGAGGCGCUCCACUUUAUGCUGCUGGUGUCGGAGGUGGAGGAGACGGAGAUCUUCAAGAUCUGCUUGGAGUACUGGAACCACCUGGCGGCGGAGCUCUACAGGGAGAGUCCCUUCUCCACCUCCAGCACGCCGCUGCUGGCCGACGUGCCGCCGCGCAGACACCUCUACCUGCCCGUGCUCUCUCAGGUGCGUCUGCUCAUGGUGAGCCGGAUGGCCAAACCGGAGGAGGUGCUGGUGGUGGAGAAUGACCAGGGCGAGGUGGUCCGGGAGUUCAUGAAGGACACGGACGCCAUCAACCUCUACAAGAACAUGAGGGAGACGCUGGUGUACCUGACUCACCUGGACUACGCCGACACCGAGCGCAUCAUGACCGAGAAGCUCCACAACCAGGUGAACGGCACCGAGUGGUCCUGGAGGAACCUGAACAUGCUGUGCUGGGCCAUCGGCUCCAUCAGCGGCGCCAUGCACGAGGAGGACGAGAAGCGCUUCCUGGUGACCGUCAUCAAGGACCUGCUGGGCCUGUGCGAGCAGAAGAGGGGCAAAGACAACAAGGCCAUCAUAGCGUCCAACAUCAUGUACAUCGUGGGGCAGUACCCCCGCUUCCUGCGGGCGCACUGGAAGUUCCUCAAGACCGUCGUCAACAAGCUGUUUGAGUUCAUGCACGAGACCCACGACGGCGUGCAGGACAUGGCCUGCGACACGUUCAUCAAGAUCGCCCAGAAGUGCCGGCGGCACUUCGUCCAGGUGCAGGUGGGGGAGGUGAUGCCCUUCAUCGACGAGAUCCUCCACAACAUCAACACCAUCAUCUGCGACCUGCAGCCGCAGCAGGUGCACACGUUUUACGAGGCCGUCGGCUACAUGAUCGGAGCGCAGACCGAGCAGGCCGUCCAGGAGCUUCUGAUCGAAAAGUACAUGCUCCUGCCCAACCAGGUGUGGGACAGCAUCAUCCAACAGGCCACCAAGAACGUGGACAUCCUGAAAGAUGCGGAGACGGUGCGCCAGCUGGGCAGCAUCCUCAAGACCAACGUCCGGGCCUGCAAAGCCGUGGGACACCCCUUCGUGGUCCAGCUGGGACGUAUCUACCUGGACAUGCUCAACGUCUACAAGUGCCUGAGUGAAAACAUCUCCUCGGCGGUCCAGACCAACGGUGAAAUGGUGACCAAGCAGCCUCUGAUCAGGAGCAUGAGGACGGUGAAGAGAGAGACGCUGAAGCUGAUCUCGGGCUGGGUCAGUCGCUCCAACGACCCUCAGAUGGUGGCAGAGAACUUCGUGCCCCCCCUCCUGGAGGCGGUUCUCAUCGACUACCAGAGGAACGUCCCCGCCGCUCGCGAGCCGGAGGUCCUCAGCACCAUGGCGACCAUCGUCAACAAGCUGGGCGUCCACAUCACCGCCGAAAUCCCCAAGAUCUUCGACGCCGUCUUCGAGUGCACUUUAAACAUGAUCAACAAGGACUUUGAAGAAUUCCCCGAACACAGAACUCACUUCUUCUACCUCCUGCAAGCCGCCACGUCCCAGUGCUUCCCCGCCUUCCUGUCCAUCGUCCCCACGCAGUUCAAGCUCAUCCUGGACUCCAUCAUCUGGGCCUUCAAGCACACCAUGAGGAACGUGGCCGACACAGGUCUUCAGAUUCUGUACACGCUGCUGCAGAACGUCUCUGCAGAGGAAGCCGCCGCUCAGAGCUUCUACCAGACGUACUUCUGCGACAUCCUGCAGCACAUCUUCUCCGUGGUCACCGACACCUCACACACUGCAGGGCUGACCAUGCACGCCACCAUCCUGGCCUACAUGUUUAACUUGGUGGAGGAGGGGAAGGUGAGCGUCGCGCUGAGCGCCGCCAGCCCCGCCAACAACCAGGCGCACGUCCAGGAGUACAUCGCCAACCUGCUGAAGACGGCGUUCCCUCACCUGCAGGACGCCCAGGUGAAGGUGUUUGUGACGGGCCUCUUCAGCCUGAACCAGGACAUCCCGGCCUUCAAGGAGCACCUGAGGGACUUCCUGGUGCAGAUCAAAGAGUUUGCCGGCGAGGACACCACGGACCUGUUCCUGGAGGAGAGGGAGGCGGCGCUGCGGCAGGCCCAGGAGGAGAAACACAAGCUGCAGAUGUCGGUGCCCGGCAUCCUCAACCCCCAUGAGCUGCCCGAGGAGAUGUGCGACUGAGGCGGCGGUGGACGCUUCCUGUUCAAUCAGUAGUCUUCUUCUGGAGAGUGUGUGUGUGUGUGUGUGUGUGUGUGUGUGUGUGUGUUCGGGAUUGAAAACAAGGGGCCACAGGAAGGACCCCAGCACUCGGUUGUAUGUCGACCAAAUCAAUGUCAAUAUGUAAAUGAGAGCACCCUCUGACCCCUCCCCCUGCCCUGCCCCUCCCCCUCGGCACUGUUUUGUUCUCCUGCAGACUUAUUUUAUACACAGGCAUUUUUUUGUCACUCGCCAUCUUUUUGUUGAUCGGUUGCUCUGAAAGCUUUAGCGGCACAGACGUUUUGCACCUGAGUCCCUCUCAGCUCGCCUCCUCUCCCUCUUGUUAAUAUGUAAGAUAAAGAGUCUGGCCGUCGCGGGACAGAAGGCUCUUGAUCCGGAGACGAUGGGAGGGUCCCGUCCGGACCCGCUCCUUGUGGCUCAUCAGCGUGUUUUUUGUUUUUUUUUUUCUUCUUUUUGAGUCUGAGCUGAGGCCGCUCGGCUGCGCGUUACAACCCGUUUGUAAAGUUGUCUUAGUACUCUGAGAAUAUAAAGUUGGCUAUUUUUACAUGACGGUCUGUACAGGUCUCUUCUUUCUUCAGCUACACAUUUAGC